AUGCCUACUGAGAUUCCUGGACCCCGUGGAGUUCCGCUCCUUGGUAAUGUUUUUGAUGUCAACCCCAACGAGACAUGGAACUCGCUGAACAGCUUGGCCAAGCAAUUUGGCUCUAUCUUCAAAAUCAAUGCCCUGGGACAUGAGAUUGUCUUCAUCGGUAGUGUCGCACUGCUCGAGGAGAUCUGCGACCAAACCCGGUUCCGCAAGUGUGUGACAGGCCCAGUUGUGGAGAUCCGAUAUGCCGUGCACGACAGUCUGUUCACAGCCUACGACAGCGAAAAAAGCUGGGGAAUUGCACAUCGCAUUAUGAUGCCUCACCUCACCCAAUCCGGGACCGACAACCUUUUCGGCGACAUGGCCGAGGUCAUCCCAGAUCUCACAAAGAAAUGGAGCUCAGGCACCAAGAAGCGCACUCUGCUCACAAAAGACCUCGACCGUCUACUGCUCGCAUCCUGCAAGAAGUGUUUCUUCAAUCAGCGCGUGCAUGUGCUCGAGGGUGAAGAACCACCCAUGCUCAACGCCAUGGACGGCGCCACCAUGGAGGCGAUGAAGCGCCCCACCCGCCCUAAGCUGCUGAACUGGCUGUACCAGCGCCGCUUCGAGAAGGACACCAAAACCAUGCGCGACUUCUCAGCCGAGGUGAUCAAGAUCCGGAGAGAAAACCCGGAGACUGCCCGGAAGGACAUCCUCGACGCCAUGCUCAACGGCAGCGACCCCGAGAGCGGCGAGAAGCUCACCGAGUCACAAGUGAUCGAUGAGAUCAUUUCCUGCUUCAUCGGUGCCGCCACAGCCCCCAACCUCGUCUCCUACGCUCUGUACUAUCUCAUGAAAAACCCAGCCGAGAUCACCAAGGCACAGGAGGAGAUCGACCGCGUCGUCGGCGACGGCAAGAUCGAUCUCGAGCACCUCAAAAGCCUGAACUAUGUCGAGGCCAUCCUCCGCGAGUCGAUCCGACUCUCCGCCCCCGCCCCCGGCUUCAACAUUGAGCCCAUCCCCUCGGACGACAAGAGCCCCAUCUUGCUCGCCGGUGGCGAGUACCAGAUCGCUCACAACCAGCCCAUGAUCGCCGUCCUCAGCCAAGUGAACCGCGACCCAGCCGUCUUCGAAGACCCCGAGGCUUUCAAGCCCGAGCGUGUCUACGGCGAGAAGUGGGAUCAGCUCCCUGCUGCCGCGAAGAAGGGCUUCGGUAAUGGCAAGCGUGAGUGCAUUGGUAAGCUCUGGGCUUGGCGCUGGUCGUUCUUCACUCUGGCUAGCAUUCUCAAGGAUACCAAGUUCGAGUUGGCGGACCCUAACUACAAGCUUGAGUCCAACGGCGCUUUCAGUAUUAAGCCGCUUGAGUUCUACGGUCUCGUUAGCCCCCGUAAGUAA